UCGGGUACGCGUCGUUACGUCGAUCAUUUGCUAGUUGAUUUAACUACAUAACUACAUACUUAGAAGACUAAUUCGGGAAUAGGUAGAUACUUACUUAUCGGACAUGGAGGAAGGCGAGGGAUCUUACAGAAGUUUGUGCUCGCUGGAGACGCUGAGAUCCGGGAAGAGGGGGUUUUUCAGCGAAUUCGCCGAGAACGCGAAGCGAGUGGCCGGUGAACAGUGGAUUUCGAAGGUGUUUGGACGGUUGAGCAGCGACGAGGGCCGGAUUCGGACGUUGUUCACGGACGGGAAGAUAAAAGAGGAGGUGUUGGGAACGUUGAACAGAACGGAGAUUCUCUACCGCGGUAAGGACGCGGCCGCCUCCAGAGCGAGAAGGCUUGAGGGAUUCGAGGCUGCAACCGCGGCCGAACGUCAAAGAGCUCUGCUGCUAUUCAGCCAAGCUGUUCUUCGCGCCCCGCUUCCAGGAAAAUGCCAGACGGUCGACCGAGGGUUAGGAUUGCCGCUCGCGUAUCUCGCAAGAGCCGAGAUCUUCCUCGCUUCCAACGAGCACGCGCUUGCCAUGCAGGAUCUCAGUUUCCUCGAGGAAAUGAAACAUCUUCUCCCGGAUACGUUCAGGGCGGAUCUUGCUCGAAAGAAGGAGGCCUGUGAGAAAUUUCUCCGAGCUAACGAGAAGAGUCUGGUCCCUGUUGUGAAACAGCCACUCGAACCGCUUCCACCCCGGUUGACUGGUGGCGAACACCCGCGAAUAUCGGCGGCCUCAGCUCUCCUCGAAAUCGAGGAGACGGAGACCGCGGGCAAGCAGGCGGUAGCCAACGGUUCCGUUGCUCCUGGGGACACUUUGGUCGUCGAGCCAGCGCUCGCGGCUAAUCUACUACCGGAAUUCUUCGGCACGCACUGUCAACAUUGUUUCUCCAGAUUCAGAGCUCCCGUAGGAUGUCCGGAUUGCAGCAGCGUGGCGUUCUGCGGUAGAAAAUGCAGAGACGCGGCAAUGACGAGCUACCACAAGUACGAGUGUAAAAUUCUCGCGCUUUUGAUAGGCUCGGGAAUGAGCGUGUUAAGCAUGCUCGCUCUGCGAAUGGUCACUCAGAUAGGGCCAACCAACUGCUUCAAGAUCUGGCGAGCGCUGAAUAGCCAGGCUGAUUCCGUCCAGCGGGAAAGUAGCGCGCGAUCAAAUUCACCGAGCAAGCUGAGCAAAUCGGCGAAGCGACGCGAGAGAAAGAAGAAGCUGCGGGAUUCGAAGCGCGAGGGGAACCGAAUCGAAACCGGCGAAUCGAACGAGGACGAACAAGUCGAUCUGCGCCCGUACGAUCUCGUGAUGCACCAAAAACGAAGAACGGCCGACGACUUUUUCGAGAGAUCCCUGAUGGCGGUGUUUCUCCUCAAGUGUUUGCAGCGGGUCGGCUUUUUCGAGCAGGCCGCGACGACAACUGACGAUGAGACACCGAGUGAACAGGAGAUCGCCGUGGCUAGCUUGCUGUUGAAGCAUCUUCAGUUGUUACAAUUCAACGCUCACGAGGUGUUUGAGACACGGACUGGAACGGCGCAUCGAUUUCGCGGCAGUAGACCCGUCUACCUCGGAGUGGCCAUCUAUCCGACCGUCGCCCGUUUCAAUCACGACUGCUAUCCCGCGGUGACCAGGUAUUUCGUCGGCCGAUGCAUCGUAAUUAGAGCGACUCGCAGCCUACGAGCAGGAGACGUGCUCGCUGAAAACUAUGGACCGAUAUUCACGAAGCGAAGCUUGGAGGAGCGGCGAAGAACUCUGGCCGGAAGAUAUUGGUUUUGGUGCGAGUGUACCGCCUGCCGCGAGAACUGGCCUCGUUUCGAAACUUUGACCAACGACGUCGUUAGAGCGAGAUGUCCGACCGAGGGGUGCUCGAAAGUUUAUCAACGACCGCGGGAUCCUACCGGAUCGAUCGUAUGCUGCGGUUGUCGACGGAAAAUCGACUUGCGGGAAUCGUUCGAAAUCGUGUCAGAGUGCGAACGACUGUACGAGCGUGGAUUAGCCGCGAUGGAAGAGGAACGACCCGAACAAGCAUUGGAGGCGUUUUUCGAGGGGGCAAGCAAGUUCCAUCGAGUCGCGGUACCACCUCACAAAGACACCCACUUGGCAGAAAUCGCGGCGAGCGCCUGCAUGGCAGACCAAGGAACGACGUGGCGAGCUGACCCCCUCCUCUGA